AUGUCUGGACGUAAAGAAUGGCCUGAAUUGGUUGGACAAACAUUCCAAGUAGCAUGUCGAAAAAUUUCAGAAUUUGAUAGUAAUUUAACUCCAUACAAUGCAAGGAAUGGAAUUGAAGAUCGAAUGUAUGAUCCAACCCGUGUUGUAUGUGUCACAAAUGAUAAUGAUAUUAUAACUGCAGUUCCAUGUUAUAAUAAUCAAUAG